AAACAGAAUAUAAAAAGAGUAGAACAAGCUAGUGUUAGAGGCCUUUUCUGCUUUUGGUAAUUGUAUAUUAAAAGAAUAAAACUUAAGAAUUAGGCUCCCAGCUGUGUCUCUGAACUUUUAUUGUGAUAGAAAUCUUCAUAUAGCCUUAUGAGUGAGAGCUCUGUUGACUUUGUCAUAUUUUCUUCAGCACAUGCAUGGUCUAAAUGUAUGUAUCUGUAACAGCUCAAGCUUAAUUGUGUUUUAAUACAAUUUUGUUCAAUUCCAUAAAAUAAGUGACUUAAAAACAGCAAUGCUGAAUAGGGGUCGAACAAUUAUGACACAGCUGUGUUAUAAAACAUCCUAUAACAUUACAUUAUUUAUUGACAUUAUCACUUUUAGUAUUUCAGUUGUCAGGUUGUGUUGUGUUUUGUUCCACAUGCAUGCUCCUGGUGUCCUAAUAUUUAGCCCUUUUUUGUUAAUUUCCUGUUCUGAUUUUUUCAUUGAGGUCGUUAGUUUCCACCUGUGUUUAAUUUGAUUCAGGUGCAUUUAAUUCACCCCCUAUGUGUUGUAUUUAAAGUGUAUGCUGUGAGUUGUUUCUUUAUCGAGUCUGACCGUCAUUAUCUGUUAUCUGCUGUGUGUUUUCCUGGUUCCAUGUUAAAAAAUAAAAUUAUGCGUCAUCGUAAAUUCCCCUCCGUCUCUGUGAAAGAGAACCAGCAAACUGCUGUAUAUGCAAUAUUUAUAAAAUGCUGGAUCUUCAGAAAAACGUUUAUUUUUGAAAUAAUGGAGUCUUUCAAUUUACGUUUUUUGUUUGCACAUGUUGCACAUGCAUGUUUCUGAAGACAAUAACCUAUCGUUCCUUUAAUUAACAGUAUGUUGCUGCCAAACAAAUGAUUUAUUACAUAUCGGAGUUCAUUUGUACAACUAAUAUUGAGUUCAUACAGUAUAUUAAGAUUAAUGGCCGGAGGGGUUCUUCUACGCCUUCUUUCAUUGCAUGAACAUUUAGGCAGUGCUAUGCAAAUCUUCCCACAUCGUGAUGUAGACAUGCGGGGGUGUGUUUUAACAAAAAUUUUUAGGAGGACACAAUUGACUCUUACAUUUAUAAAGGAUAUCUCUUUGGGUUUGUGACUUAAGUUUUUGCAAAUAUAUAGUUCAUUGCAAAUAAGCAAGUGUGCAUUUAUUAGACGGAUUUAAUAUCAUGUCGGUUCUUUCAGAAUUGGCAAAUCUACUGCGUCGCUCCAUCACAUCUGGUCCGGAGACCUUAAUCAGGAAGCUGGGCACCAGAUAACACGGUCACCAGUUAAACGGUAAUACAGGCCUUGAUUGACAGCUCCCUGAAUGCAAACUUUCUGUUCUCUUUUCUGUUUCUCUGAACAGAAGUUAUUUCUGUCUUGUCGAGUGGAUUUUGAAAAGGUUCCUGAACAUUUGCUGUUUUCAGAAGAACAAUGAGCUGCCAAUACAGUCUCUUAUUUUUAUUCCUCUCUGGCUUUACUACUGCAAUCACUGUUGCAGAGAUAUGUAAAACAGAACUACUCGAGGGAACGUCCUGCACCAUCAAGCUUCCAACAGGAAACACUGACAAAUCUAAUGAGAUCAAAUGGGCCCAUCUCUCUAGUGAAGCUGUGGUUCACAGGAAAAAUGGGAAGAUGAGGAAAAACACUCCAGGUCUAACAAUGGAAGAAGAUGGAUCAUUAACAUUUGAAAGUGUUAGUCUGAAGAACAGUGGCAACUAUACAUACACUGUUUUUAAUGCUGAAGGUACACAGAUUGAUGCUGGAGAAAAGGAAAUUAAAGUUUAUGCAAACGCUCCUAAACCUACUGUGAAGAUCAACAAAAAAUAUGGGAUCACUACACUCACCUGUGACUUUGGAGAGCGCACAGAUCUGACUGUAUCCUGGUAUAAAGAAGAAAUGAUCAUCCAGAAUGAAAACAACCCAAACCUGCUCUUGACGUCUGCUCAAGUACAGGAGAAUAAACCGUACUCCUGCAGUGUGAGCAAUCCUGUCAGCAAAGAGCAAAGUGAUAGCAUUACAGUAUCAUUUUCAGAGAUAUGUAAAACAGAUCUACUCGAGGGAACGUCCUGCACCAUAAAGCUUCCAACAAAAAACACUGACAAAUCUUAUGAGAUCAGAUGGAUCCAUCGCUCUAGUGAUGACAGGAUUCACAGGAAAAAUGGGAAGAUCAGGAAACCCAUUCCAGGUCUAACAAUGGAAGAAGAUGGAUCAUUAACAUUUGAAAGUGUUAGUCUGAAGAACAGUGGCAACUAUACAUACUCUGUUUUUAAUUAUGAAGGUACAGAGCUUGAUGCUGGAGAAAAGGAAAUUAAAGUUUAUGCAAACGCUCCUAAACCUACUGUGAAGAUCAACAACGAAGAUGGGAACGCUACACUCACCUGUGACUUUGGAGACCGUACAGAUCUGACUGUAUCCUGGUAUAAAGAAGACAAUAUCAUCCAGAAUGAAAACAACCCAAACCUGCUCUUGACAUCUGCUCAAGCACAGGAGAAUAAACUGUACUUCUGCAGUGUGAGCAAUCCUGUCAGCAAAGAGAAAAGCGAUAGCAUUACAGUAUCAUUUUCAGAGAUAUGUAAAACAGAACAACUCGAGGGAACGUCCUGCACCAUAAAGCUUCCAACAAAAAACACUGACAAAUCUAAUGAGAUCACAUGGACCCAUCUCUCUAGUGGUGACUUCAUUCACUGGAAAAAUGGGAAGAUCAGGAAAAACACCCCAGGUCUAACAAUGGAAGAAGAUGGAUCAUUAACAUUUGAAAGUGUUCGUCUGAAGAACAGUGGCAGAUAUAGAUACUCUGUUUUUAAUAAUGAAGGUACACAGCUUGAUGCUGGAGAAAAGGAAAUUAAAGUUUAUGCAAAGGCUCCUAAACCUAAUCUGACGUUUCAAGUAGUGACAAUGCUGUCCUGUGACAUUGGAAACCAUACAGAUCUGGCUGUAUCCUGGUAUGUAGAUGGCAAAAUCAUCCAGAAUGAAAAAAAACCAGUACUGCUCUUGACAUCUGCUCAAAUACAGAAGAAUAAACCGUACACAUGCACAGCAAGCAAUCCUGUGAGCAGCAUGGAAAGUGACAGCAUGACAUUAACACAUGAGACAGGAUCACAGAGUUCUGAGGAAUCUUCAAGCUAUACCUAAAUCCUACCACAACAGAUCCAAACGCAGUGAAAAACGAUCAUUACAGAUGAAAACCUGAGUGUCCGUAUUUCUCUAAACACACAGAAAUCACCUUAUGAAUUUGAAUUUUGGAAUUUAAAAUUUACAUUUGGCAGACAAUUUAACUUUACUGUCUAUUGGUGCAUCCCUCUACCAUGUACCUUGGUAUCUACUGUGUGCUUGCAUAAAUUUUUUUUUUAAAAUAAACACACGCACCUGUCCUGUUCCAUAGGAUUAUAAAUAUGAGAAAGAAAUGCCAAAUUCCCUUAAUCUUCAGAAAAGUCUAAAUAAAAAUUAAUAAAAUAAAACCUCUUUCACCCAACAUUCUGUAGGAUUUAAGGAUCCUAAAAUGCAAACGUAAAGUUUCUGAUGAAAAAACAAACAAGCAUUUAUGCUGUGUUUUGCUUUUUGUUCAUUCAUUCCUUUUUAAUAAUUUACCAUUAAAUCAUUUUAUUAUUACAUUUAAUCAUUUACAAUAACCAUUAUAGCCAUUCAUAUAAACUCAUAUCAUUGAUUCAUUACUUAAUUGGUCAUUAAUAUUAUAUUCUUGAUUUUUCUGAUAUUAUUUUUCCAUUGUUGUUUAGUCUUAUGGGUGUGAUUUCAAGGGAUGUUUGUCUUCAUGAAUAAGAAAUAAGAGGGAAUGUUUAUGGAGAUUUAAAGUUUAUGGAAUGUUGUUGUUGUGAAGAGGUUUGGUGUAACAUUUCUUGUUGGAUUUGUGCUGGUCAGACGAAGUUCCAGCAUUGAAACAAACACAGCUAAGAUUAUUCAAUAAACUCUGCUACUUUUUAUCAUCA